AUCGCUCGUUACCGCUGUUUUUGCUCACAGUGUGCUGAAGUGAUAGACAGCAGAAAAGAUAUUUUUCUUCAGUACCGACGCCAUAUUGUGUAGUGCGGUGUGCUGGGUGAAUUCUGGCUCACUGUGGGGAAUUUGACGGUCGUGUAGUAGAUUGAGAUUUGGCGAGUCGAUAGAUUUGAGGUUAAUUAGAGUGCAUCGCAGCAAGCGAGUUGAAGUGCAACAGUGCAUACAGAUUCUGUUGUCUGUUGAAGAUGUCAAAUGUUUAGUGUUUCGAGGCGGCAAGAACUGGUGAAUUAAUAAGUGACAGUAAGAAAAACAGGUGAAUUAGUAACAGAAAGGGAAGUGAAGUAAAUUAUUCCAGCCAAGUUUGUGAAAGCGCGAAAUAAUGUCAGACGAGUACUACGAUGAAGACGGUUUCCGUCUUACGUUUGAAGAUGACACCUCAGAGCAAGAGAAACAGUUCUUCAUGCGUGCAUUUCCCAAUGUCAACCGAAUAUCGGAGCGUAAGGUCCACUGUACGUCGUGUUACAUGCAUAUUGGGACAGCUCCGAUUUCUGAAGCUGUUAUCAGAAUGCAUCCGAUUCUACGGGUAACGCACUGUCGUAACUGUCAUACGUUCUAUAAUAGUGGCGAGUUCGACAAGGGUGAAGAUGGUAGUGAACUUUACUGUCGCUGGUGCGGCCAGGGAGGUGAGGUGUACUGCUGCUCCAAGUGUCCGUACGUAUUUUGCAAAAAGUGCAUCGUACAAAAUUUGUCCCGUGCCUGCGUGCAAGACAUCUCCCGUAAUGAUAACUGGCAGUGCUUCAGUUGUGCCCCGAAGAUCAUGUGGCACCUUCGAGCUCAGCACUGGGCAUUGGUAAAUUACAUCGAGAAGCAGAAAAAGGACAUGAAGGACAAAAACCACACGGUCCAAAGUAUCAAUAAUCUAAUGAAACAAGAUAACACGACAUGCUGUAACAACAAAGGGCUUAACAAGAAGUCCAGUACUCCGGCUUCAGCCAAGAAAGGUGUGAAACGUGCUUCCGAUGCCCAUGAAUCGGGAGCCGCCAAGAUACCGGAAAAGCGUACAAUGAUGCAGGUACAACAGCAGCAGCAAUCGCCUGUCCUUCAACCUCCGGUAGCGAAAAAGGUGAAAACAGAUAACAAUGAAGUGGUUUGUACACCGGACAUCAUGAGCAUGUUUAUGAAUCCAGAGGAAUCGAAUAAUGCGGCGGGAGCGAGACCAGCUCAACCGGCUCAAAAGCCGGCACCAGCUCCUCCAGCACCCGUUUCAGUUCCGAUGUCCCAGCGGCAGGUCGUCGUUCGUCCUGCUUUUCAAGGCGCACAAAAUCCAGUGCCCAUGCGUAUGCCAAUAGCCAACGCUUCGAAUUUGGUACCUCCACCGGUUUAUCAUACCAUCAACGGAUAUAAAAUUGACCUGCAUACCGCAGCUCAACAGGGAACAUACCGUUUACCGAACGGUAAACUCAUUCAGGUGAGAAAGCAAGCUCCUGCAGCUCCAUCUCCGCAACAGGCGGUUGCAAACCGAAACGUAACCAUAGCUCCGAAACCCCCUACAACAUAUUAUAAUCCACCAAAUGUGGUUCCAAACCAGCCAGCGCGCGUGAUCAAUGGUAACCCGAAUGUACACAUAAAUCUAGCGUUGCAACAACAGCAACAGCUGCAAGAGCAACGUCUUCAGCAGCAGCGCCAGCAGCAACAACAGCAGCAACAAUAUCAACAACAGCAACAACAAUUGCUUCAGCAAGUGCGGCCACCACUAAUGGUUCAAGUUGGCCAACCUCAGCCAACCAUAGUAGCCGGUCAACCAAAUCCGGCACUCCAAUUACCGACCCUCGUAAUGCUGCAGAGUAUGGUCAACGGUCCACACGAGGACUCCCCUCUCGGACGAUCACGGAAGAACUUCGAAGGCAAACUGCUAUCUGGCGUUGAAAUCUGUCAGCACAUUGUCAGUAAAAUCAACACCCUGACCAAUUCGAAUCCAUUCAAAAACAUUCGUAACGUACGCGACUUAAAAGAAUUGUACAUCCAUGUUUCAUAUCUGCUAACGUAUGCUAUCGGAAGAUUCAAGACGUUGCAAGAGAAAUGCGUUGACGAUGUGAAAAAGAUGGGCUUUACUAAGGAGUCGGACUUUGUUAUGAUGGGCGAGCAAAUCAGCAAUCGUAACCCGGACGAGGACAAGAGCGAUGACGAAGGUGACUGUGAGAUAGUCGAGCAGAAUACAACAUUGAUCACGAUUGAUUCCGAGGACGAAGAGGAAGGCGGAAAGAAGCAUAAAGACUCCUCGCCGAACAAGCGACAACCGGCUGCAACCGAGACAGAAGUGGCGGUGGCAGCUAUUUUAGAGGACAAAAAUGAUGCCGAUAUGUCUGGUGACCCGAUCCCAAUGGAUGACUUCCUUCAUGUUAGCCUUAGCGAAGGCGACAAGUCGUUGGAGCCAACUAGCAGUACUGUAUCAAUUGCUACUGAUGCUUCGGAUAAAACUGACAAAGCGGAUGCAAACAACAAAGAUGGUAGCAGCAAUGAUAAGGCGGAAAAUGACGAAGACGACGUGGUCGAGAUAAUAGAUGAAGCAGCAACAGAGGAUGUGUUACCCGAGAAGCAAACAGAUAACAAUGCGGAAACGGUAGCUGAUGAAACAACAGCAGCAACCGUUGAAAAUGUGACUGACAAAUCGGCAAAGUCACAGGAGGAAGCCACUGAGAAACUUGCCGUUGAUGAGGUAAAUAAAGAAUCGUCUAAAAAACUCGAGGAUAAGGCCAAUGAUGAAACAGUAAAUAAUAAGGUCGAGACAGAUAAACCUGUUGAAGCAGAAAAGGAAGCUAAAGAAAAGGAAGGGGAACCAGAAAAGAUGGAAGUGGAACAAUCUGGAGAUAUUUCAACCGGUAUUUCUGAGCAAAAUGUUGUAGAGUCUACCGAAGAAAAGGUUGAAAACGAAAAACAAGUCGAAGAGAAUAAAUCCUCCGAUGUUUCGAACAACGCAAACGAUGAUUCGGAAGCUAAAGCGGGCAAUACAGACCAAGAAAAAGCUGACGACAAGGCUGACGAUGGAGAGAAGAUGGAAACAAAUGACGUUGAAACGAGUAAACAAUCCAUUGAUGAUGUUACAAAGGAAGAGACAGCGAAACCCAGUGAAACUAAUGAUCCGAUCGAAUUAGACGACGACGAAGACGAUGACGUUACGGUGGUGGAGCCAGUUGACGAAAAUGAGGUGGAUCCUUUAAACAGUUCCAUUGAUCCGCUCAAUGACGUCGACAAUACGCAAGUAAACGAAUGUUCCGUUGAAAGUGUGGCAGAAGGUGAUAGUUCGGAGAAAAGUACAUCACCUGGCAAACCUACGGAUAGUACUGUGGCCGUUGCUGAAUCUUCAAAGGAAGAUGUCGCUGAAGGUUCUGAUCCUACUGCGUCGGAUGUUGAGAUGUCUGGUGAAACCUGUACGUCUUCCAAGGCAACAGAGGAGGUGGCUGGGACAGCUGGCGUUAGCGAGUCUUUAGAGACUGAUGAACCCAUGACGGUCAUUGAGAUAGCUAAGAGUGCUGAAGCAGAAGAUGUUACAGAUGCUUCGCAGGUUUCAGAAUCUAAUUCAAAAGCCGUUGAUGAGGUUGAUGAGGUUCAAGCACCUGUCAGUGAGCCUUCAGAGAUUGAUGAGCCUCCCACGGUCAUUGAAGUAGCUGAGAAUUCUGAGCCUACAGAUGCUACAGACGCCUCACAGGUUUCUGAAUCUAAUAUCAAAACCGUUGAUGAAGUUCAAGAGCUUACCAAGUCUGUACAUGAAUCAGAUGAUCAUUCGUCUGUGAGCAACGCCCUGGAUAUCGAAAAACAAUCAGCUGAAAGCGCUGUUUCGGAUGCACCUGCGGUAUCAGAAACUCUGCCAGAAGAAUUGGAAGCUCCCACAGGUAACGAUUUGUUAGCUAGCAUAGAGGAUUCUUUCCAAAAACUGCAACAAUUAUUUGAUGCCACCGAAAAUGAUGCCGAUGUGGAGCAACCACCACAGGCGAAUGAUGCCGAUGUUGAUAUGAAUCCGACAGAACCCGCUCCGGCAGAGCAAAUGGAAGUAGAUGAAAGUCCAUCAGUAGGCGAACUGGAAAAUGGUCUUCUUGAGGCAGCACAAAAAACUUUAGAUAAGAAUUUCGACCGUACUACCGCCGACACAAAUUUACUGGGAUUGGAGGACGGGCUGGAGCUCAUUACUUCCGAUGAAAAUUUUACUAAUUCUCAAAAAAGUCUAAACUCUCCACAAAAUUCCACAACUUCUUUAGCGGAAAAGUCUGUGCCAAGCGAUAAGCUUGAAGAAGUCCAGAAUUGUACAUCGCUGGAUGAGCUACCGGUUAACGGUGACUGUUAGGGCGAUUCCUUAUUAUGUACAAAUUAUGUUAAUUAUCCAUCAGCACUGCAUCCAUUACGUUUUACGACUAUGUGAAGUUUGAGAAAGAGAGAUUCGCAACUUUAAGAUGCGCGAUAAAGUAGUGUAACACUACUUCCGUAGUAGCGAAGUAUAAUUAGUUCUUACACUAAAACUAUAAAUAGAAUUAGUAUUACUAACAUCAAUAAAAACUGCUGAUUGCCGACAACGGAAAAUUUUACGUUUGCUAUUGGAAUAGCUGAUAUGAUAUAGUAUACAUAAUUCAUAAGCAUCGUUUGUGACAUUUACAAUUAGUGCUGAGUUUCAAAUAAUCAAACAAUAGAGUUUGUACCCUCUAAAAUCAUAAAUUAUAAAACGCUAGAUUCGUAAAAGGUAAUUGUAAGAGAUACACUGAAUAAAAGGAAUUUAAUAGU